GGUGUUUCGGUUCUCGUUGCAAGCAGUGCAGCAUCUAAUUGCUCCCAGAUCUCUCUGGCUCUCUCGCCUAGAGCUCCCCUGUCCCUCUUCAUUUCCGCACACCCACACCCCUUUGCACACCCCUGUCGCUGAAGCCGUCUCCACACCCCAGACAGCCCCAGCCGCGCGAUGCUCUCCCUGAAGAAGCGUCUGGCAGUGCGGCCAGCCGGCACUGAGUCUCGCGGGGGGAUCCGUCCGCUCCGCAUCCUCCGCCGCCUGUUCGGGAAGAAGGGACACAAAGAAGAGGGCUUCAUGCCCUUCAACCGCUCCUGGCUGGACCCCGUGCCGCCUCCACGGCCAGCACAGACUCAGAAGACCAUCAUCCGCCCCACCCGUCCACCCAGCAGAAGGCGGACCACAUCCACCCGCCCCAGCACCCCUUUGCAGACGAUUGACGAGGAGUCGGUUUCCAUCUACAAGGCUCCCAACGUGAACGACGUCAGCUGGUUCCUGGAGGCGCUGGGCGAGGCGGAGACAGCCUUCAUCAAACAGGCCAUAAGGGAAGAGGCGUCCAAGACAACAACGGAGGAGUACAUCCGAGGGUACUCCCAGGCCGCGACAGUAACCCGACCACUGGCAGGCCGUCAGAGCGCUGUGACGAAGAGAAAGCGACAAGAAGUUUCUCGAGGCGAGACAGCGCCAGCCUCAUUGGAGAGGGCAAGCACACAUGGACACGGCGACCGCCAAAGGUGGGCUCAUGGCCAGUAUGAGACACAGUCCAUGCGUAGUCCUCUUUAUUCAGCUGCUUGUCUGACUCCUUACCUUCUUCAGGCCCAUGGAUGCAGUGAUAAGUAUCUCACCUGCGUCGUCUUCUUCUUCCCACGGCAACCGCGACACUCAGAGGUACGCGCGAGCAGUAGAAGAGGCGGCAGAUGCACUGUCCCCCUGAUUCGUUCCUCUACUUACCUUUUGCAGGCCGAAAGCCCGGGAGGACUCACGGCCGCUCCCCAAGGCACGCAACAAGACCCCCGAAGAAUACAACAGAGAUUCGCUGUUCCGGGACAGCCUCCGUGAGGCGGCGCGAGGGGUCACAUUCAACGAUGUGCGCCUAGAUGGGUGCAUUGAAGAUUUCAUGACCUCGAAGGCUUCCCCGGAGCAAGACAACAACGUCAAGAGGUGGGUGGGCGGAUGGGGCACGAGACAUGACAGACAAUCUGUCUCAAAAUUCGCUGCCUCGCCUUUGUUUUGCAGCACCGUAAUCGCCACCUUUAUGACCCGGAUCACAGCAGCGUACUCCAGCUGCUGCACCUGCCGACACGCCUCACAGGCGGCCAUCGAGACGGCGCUCGAGCUCGACUUCACCGCCGACCUCCCGUCAGCGUCCCCAUCAUGUCGGUCCCUCGUGAGUUCCAUUCUGCGGCUCCUCGAGAAGGAAUCCGCGACGGACCGGCACAGUGGGGGGGCGGGGGGUGAGGAGAAGGACAGCCGAAUGGAGAUGCUGCGAUGUCAUUGAGUGUGGCCGAGCUGCUUGUGGUGAUGGCGUGUGUGAUGACGAACGAGCUGACACAGCGAGGGGUGUGCUGCCGGGCGGAUGUUGGAGGGUCAGGGCGGACGAAUGGGCGGACGAGGGGAGUUAAAGGGACGGCAUGACAGAGGCCUGCCUGCACAAGGCAGCAGCGGCUUGGAGAGGAGACAUGACAUGUUGCAGCCGGCAAAUCUCGAUAUGACGCGGCGAGGGGGCUGAGGGCUGAUGUGAUCCACCGCCCCCCCAAGUUGCUUACUUCUUGUGGUGAUGCGGCCGUGUGUGAUGAUGAAGGAAGCGACACUUGAAGGAGUGUGCGGAGCGUUGGAGUCAGUCAGUCAAUCGUGGGGAAGUCUCAUGAUCAGGACGUGACGGACAGACGGCAGAAUGCCGGGGAAUGAAG